ACUUGUAUUGGCUGUGAGCGUGAAUCUCAUCUAAUGGCGCCUACCAAGCAGCAGUCCCAGAAGGGAGCCAAGAAAGGCGGGAAGAAGAAGACAACUGAUCCUUUUACUAAGAAAGAGUGGUAUGAGUUAAGAGCUCCAUCGAUGUUUUCUAAUCGAACAUGUGCUCGCACAUUAAUUACGCGCACUCAGGGCACCAAAAUUGCGAGUGAGGGUUUGAAAGGUCGGGUUAUCCAGCUGAGUCUCGGAGAUUUGAGUGACAAGACGCAGGACAUAUUCAGGAAGUUCAAGCUGCAGAUUGAGGACGUUCAAGGGCGCCACUGUCUAACAAACUUCCAUGGUAUGGAUCUUACUCGUGAUAAGCUCUGUGGAAUGGUUCUGAAGUGGCAAUCAACGAUUGAGGCGCAUGUUGAUGUCAAAACCACAGAUGGUUAUACCCUCCGAUUCUUUGUAAUAGCUUUCACGAAGAAGCAGGAGGACCAAAAGUCACAUGCCUAUGCGCAGACUACGCGUAUAAAGAAGCUUCGGGCCAAGAUUGUGGAAGUUGUUCAGCGCGAAGUAGCCAGGUGCGAUUUGAAGAGCGUCGUUCAAAAACUUAUUCCUGACUCGAUCGGUCAGGACGCAAUGCAUGAAGCGUCAGCGAUUUUCCCGCUAAGUGGGGCCUUCGUCCGCAAAGUUAAAGUCCUUAAGAAGCCAAAACUGGACCUUGCUCGGAUACUUGAACUCCACAACGAAGGGAAGGUGAACGAGUUCGGUGAAGGUGUAGCUCGGCCGGCUCAUUACGAGCCUCCAGUUGUUGAUAGUGUUUAA